AUGUCGGUCUGCUACCGUCCACCUGGGAAUGAGACUCUGCUGAGCUGGAAGGCCUCGCGGGCCACCGGUACUGCCUUCCUACUGCUGGCGGCACUGCUGGGACUGCCGGGCAACUGCUUCGUAGUGUGGAGCUUGGCGGGCUGGCGGCCCACGGCGGGGCGGCCUUUGGGGGCCACACUUGUGCUGCACCUGGCGCUGGCAGACGGCGCGGUGCUUCUGCUCACCCCGCUCUUUGUGGCCUUCCUGAGCGGGCAGGCCUGGCCCCUGGGCCAGGUGGGCUGCAAGGCUGUGUACUACGUGUGCGCGCUCAGCAUGUACGCCAGCGUGCUGCUCACCGGGCUGCUCAGCCUGCAGCGCUGCCUAGCUGUCACUCGGCCCUUUCUGGCUCCCAGACUGCGCAGCCCGGCCCUGGCUCGCCGCCUGCUCCUGGGGGUCUGGCUGGCCGCCCUGGUGCUCGCCGUCCCAGCUGCCGUCUACCGCCACCUCUGGGGCGAUCGCGUGUGUCAACUGUGCCAUCCAUCGGCGUUGCACGCCGCUGCUCAUCUGAGCCUGGAGACCCUAACUGCCUUCGUCCUGCCUUUUGGGACAGUGCUCAGCUGCUACGGCGUGACGCUGGCUCGGUUGCGGGGCGCGGUGGCCGCGCUCGCUCCGCCUGAAGGGCCCCUGGCAAGGCUUGGCGGGGCAGGCCAGGCGGCGCGCGCCGGAACUACAGCCUUGGCUUUCUUCAGUUCCAGCGUCAACCCUGUCCUCUAUGUCUUCACUGCGGGGGAUCUGCUGCCCCGGGCGGGACCCCGGUUCCUUACCCGGCUCUUCGAGGGCUCUGGGGAGACCCGAGGGGGCAGCCGCUCUAGGGAGGGUACCAUGGAGCUCCGAACUACACCGAGGCUGAAAGUAGUGGGGCAGGGCAGGGGCAAUGGAGACCCUGGAGGCGGAGAGAGGAUGGAGAAGAACAGCCAGGAAUGGUAG